AUGAUGCCCUCAGAGCCGUCGAAGCUUGUUUUGCUGACGUUCGAGCUUGGAUGGUCACCAACCGACUCAGGAUAAACGAUACAGAAUCUCAGUGUGGGCUCCCGCCAACAGUUGAGCAAGGUCCAGCUUAAGUCGGUCACUGUCGGGGAUUCUGAAAUUAAGCCUAUUUCCAGCGUCCACAGUCUCGGGGCAUGGUCUGAUAAGAAUCUCUCCAUGAGCAUUGAUGUGAGCAAAGUCUGCAGUAAGGCCUUCCGCGGUCUAUAUUCCAUCAGACAGAUCCGGAAGUAUCUAUCGGAAGAUGCUACCAAAGUCCUGGUACACGCCUUUGUAACAUCUCAUCUCGACUACUGUAUGGCAUCGCAAAAUACCAGCAUGAUCGGUUGCAGAGGAUUGUUAAUGCAGCUGCCUACACUGUCUGCCUGGUACCCAAGUUCAAUCACAUCACACCAGUCCUUUGUAAUCUACAUUGCUUACCAGUGCCUUACCGAACUCAAUGUAAAAUAUUGCUACUCGUCCACCGAGCUAUCCUGGUUGUGGCCCCUGUCAUACCUAAACUGAAGCUGCUAAGUUUCAAGGAGAGUGGUUCUUACAAUUGA